AUGACGAGUCAAGGGCGGACAAGGCCGAACUAUCCGCGGCGGCGAGCACCUGUUGCGUGCCACUUUUGUCGAUAUCGCAAGCGGAAAUGUGACUCCCAGCGUCCCUCCUGCGGUUUAUGCGCCGUGUCUGGCGUUGGCUGCGAGUACCCAGAGCUCUCAGAAGACAUCAGGCGAAACGCAACGCAAGCUACCGCAAAUUUGCCGGUAGAUGCUCUCUUGCGCCGGCUGGAUCAGCUUGAGGACAUGUUGAAACAACAAAAUGUGCAGCCGCAACAAUCUCAGCCGGCACAAGAAAGCGACGACCAGCCUCCAUCAGAGCGACCAACACCAGGCUCUCUUCAUCAAGACGGAGGAUCUCCUAGCUCACAUGGCUCGCCGCCACAACAGACACCCCCACCGGACGAUCUUGCGAGCGAGCCUACUGAUGCCCCGACCCCUGUCCUCCCCGAGUCAACCUUACCCACAGACGUUACGGGCGCUAUAAACGUCGCGGCACCGGACCCGGACCAACGCGAUCAACAUGAAGCACCAGGGGACCUGAUGAGCGAUGUUUAUGAUGAGUCCAUGCUCGACAACAUCCAAGGUUUUGUAUCAUAUCUGUCGUCCCAUGGUCCAGCUUUGGCAACGUCGAAUCCCAUCGAAAAGACAUGGUCCUCGGCCGAAGUGCCGUACCCAGUUAUCGGUCAUGGCCAGCGCUGCAUCACCUGCGGCCGAUCCGACAAUCGCUUGUUAGAUGACGCGCCCAUCACCAUCCCAAUAGGCCACCACACGUCCACGGGGAGCAUGUUUGCUCUUGAACCCGUUCGUCGUCUUAUUGGCGACUUUCCGAGGGAUUUCUUCUACCAGGUCGAGACAUGCCGGACAAGCAUCCCAGAACUUGGCUCUAGACACGAUCUGUCCCUCCUCCUUGCCUCCGUUGACUUCAUUGGCGGUGCAACAGACGGCCUCAUUUCAAGCUAUUUCAUUCAUAUCAACUCCGCAUUCCCGAUAUUGGACAGGACGUCUUUCACCGACCUCUUUCAUCGGACGCUGCGAGGCGACCAGCGCGAAGAUAUUGACGCCGCAGUCUGUCUGGUCGUCUUAGCCCUCGGGAAGUUGGCCAGUAUCGAUUCCGAGGACGCCAGCUCCACGAACCAUUCGUACGGCCUUGAAUAUUUCAUCCCUGCGUACCAGGUGUUGACCACGCAGUGGGUUACAUCCUUCGGUACCGAUCUUUGCCUACCGACAGGCCUAGUUCUAUCUGCUAUCUAUAUGUCUUGCCUCGCUCGGCCACUACUUGCUUGGAAGCUUGUGUACAUGGCAUCAAAAAAUGACACGAUCGGUCGCCUGUUCUGGGCAUGUUUUCUAUUGGAGUGUGGCAUCGAAAUUGACAUUGACCGUAUGCAGUACCCACGGCUGAGCAGCCCUGACGAAAGAGACGGACUCGUCUUCCUCGCCUUAUGCUCGGUUCGGGGCCUUCUGAAUCGCAUCCAUAAUGCAGUUUACGCGUCAGGCAGCCAGGCUCCUCUUCAACCAGAAAGCACGCCAAGCUACACCGAGAACGACAGCUCGACCGGAUCACCGUCUCUAUCCACAAUCUGCUCAUUGGAAAGGGUGUUGAAUGAACUUGCGCACCAGCUAGAGGUGUGGUAUCACUCUUUACCGGACAGCAUCAAGCCAGACCUGAGCCACAACGUGCCCACUGAUGCACACGAAGCGUCACUGCGGCUUCGCUACUGGUCGGCUAAACAUAUCAUCUCGCGUCCAUGCCUUGUAUACGUUCUGUCCGUCAGUAAGGCUGAUGAGGUCCCCACGUACGUCUACAAGUAUUCCGAGAUGUGCAUUCAGAGCUGUCGCAAUUAUAUCGAAACCGCCCUACAGGUCCUGACCAAACGCACCCCCUACGUGUGGGCAAUCUGUCAAGCUUGCUUAGCAACAUCUUUCGUGCUAGCUACGUCAUCGGAAUCACUGAUCUUGAAGCACCUAGUUCCUGAUAUCGAAGGGAUCAUCUCUCGACUCAUCGUUGCCAUGCAGCGUUGGGCGUCACCCGAUUCCAGCAUAGAGUCCAUCGUUUGCAUCCUACAAUCCAUCCAUCAGAAACAAAGGCUAGCGAAGCUCAAACGACAGCACUCGUCCACGUCGAUGGGCUGA